CAUCCCAUUAACACCCCCACCUUCUCCACCUCUGCUGCCCUGGACCCCGCGCUUUGGCGUCACUUCCGGGUGGAACGCGGUGAGGUCACGGAAACGCCGCGCCCCGUGGGCGGAUCCUGCGAGCGCUGUUGCUGUGGCUGGUGGUUGCUAUGGUAACAAGGCCCGUCGGGGAGAGCCCGGCGGAGCGGAGAUAGAAGGGCCCAGCAUGGAAAGCCGGCUCGAGCAGAAAUAAAAAUCAGACUGGAAGAUGGAGAUGUACGAGACCCUCGGCAAAGUGGGAGAGGGGAGUUAUGGAACAGUAGUGAAGUGCAAACACAAGGAAACAGGACAGAUAGUAGCCAUUAAGAUAUUCUAUGAGAAACCAGAAAAAUCUGUCAACAAAAUUGCUAUGAGAGAAAUAAAGUUUCUAAAGCAAUUUCAUCAUGAAAACCUGGUCAACCUGAUCGAAGUGUUUAGACAAAAAAAAAAAAUUCAUUUGGUGUUUGAAUUUAUUGAUCAUACAGUUUUAGAUGAGCUACAACAUUACUGUCACGGACUGGAUAAUAAAAGACUUAGAAGAUAUCUCUUCCAGAUCCUUCGAGCAAUUGAGUAUCUCCACAGCAACAAUGUCAUACAUCGUGAUAUCAAACCUGAGAAUAUCUUAGUAUCACAGACGGGAAUUACUAAACUAUGUGAUUUUGGUUUUGCUCGGACAUUAGCUGCCCCUGGUGAUGUUUAUACAGAUUAUGUAGCCACACGAUGGUACAGGGCUCCAGAACUGGUAUUAAAAGACACCACAUAUGGGAAACCUGUGGACAUCUGGGCUUUAGGUUGUAUGAUCAUUGAGAUGGCCACUGGAAAUCCUUAUCUACCCAGCACCUCUGACCUAGACCUACUCCAUAAAAUUGUGACAAAAGUAGGGAAUUUGACACCUCAUCUUCAGAGUAUUUUUAUAAGGAGUCCAGUUUUUUCAGGAGUAGUCCUUCCAGAAGUCCAGCACCCUAAAAAUGCAAGGAAAAAGUAUCCCAAGCUUUGUGCAUUACUGGCAGAUAUUGUUCAUGCUUGUUUACAAAUGGAUCCCACUGAUAGGAUCUCAUCUACAGAUCUGCUGCAGCAUGACUAUUUUACUAGAGAUGGAUUUAUUGAAAAAUUCUUACCAGAACUGAAGGCUAAAUUAUUACAAGAAGCAAAGUUAAAUUCUCUUUCAAAACUCAGAGAGAAUAAUAAAGAGAUUGAACUAAUAAAAGAUGAAAAGAGAACUAUUCAUAUUAAUGCCUCUCAGAAUGGUCCACUGGUUGGGAAGGAUAUUGAAAAGGACAAAAAAUCAAAGGACUUAAAAGUAAAAGGUACAAAAGUGAAAGGAGGGAAAUCAGAGAUUCCAGAAAUAAAAAAGAUUGAACAAGAAGAUGCAGUUAAUCAGUGGGCUCCUUCCUCACAGAAUCCUCCCAGUUUUCCUCAAGAGAGUAAACCUACAAUCACUGAUAUAACGACCACUGUAGCAGCUAGCAACGAUUCCAGCAGUGUGAAGGAAGAUCCUCCACUAAUAGCAGUUGGUACAACAAUGCCACCUAUCAAUCCAAAUUGUGGGAACCUUACUGCUGCAAAUUUCAAUUCACCUUUCCCACACUCCAAUACAAGGCCACCUGAAAAAGCAAAGAAAAGGAGAAGCCCUUGGCAGUCAGUGGGACAAAUAGGUCCAAACAACAGACAGGAUGAUGGAACUCUGGCUCAAACUCAAACAGAAAAAGUUACACUGUAUGAACGAGCUGCUCAGAUUGAUCAAAUGGCCAAUAUGAACCGAAAGAAACGCAGUAUUUCAAAAUCUGAGAAGAAAGAUAUCCAUUUCCCAGAACUGCCAAUGACAGCACAACAAAAGGAGAUGAAAGGAAUAGAAGUUAAACAGGUAAAAGUGCUGAAGAGGGAGUCAAAGAAAUCGGAAGUAUCUAAAAUACCAUCUUUACUAAAUGUGGAUCAGAAUCAAGAAAAACAAGAGAAUACUGGAAAUACACAAAAUGAAAAUAAAACCAAUCUGCCAGAUGUAGAAUAAGCAGUGUAGAAACAUGAAGCUUGAGAAACUGAAGAAUCACAGUACAGUAAAAUCUGUGCUUUUCUAUUAACCUUUAAUAAAUGAAGAUAUUUGGAUAAUUCUGCAGAAAAUUUUAUAGACUUCAUGUAAUGUAUGGUUGUUCUCCAGGAAAUUACUUUAGAAUGCAUUGGUCCUAAAAUUGCUUAUAUAAAUGAAGCUUACAUUAAACUUUUAUGAAAUCUGAAACACACAAAACUUAUUUUUGAAGGCUAAGUACCAACAUUAGGCUCCUUCCAGUACUUAUGUAUAAAAUUUGUACACCUGUCACUACUGGAUGUCCAGCUAUCUAAGACUGGCUAAAGGUCAUUAAUUAGCCUGGCAUUUCUAUAAGAGCCUGUUACUCUUUUAUCUGAUAGAUGAUGAUUUAAGACUUCUGUAAUAGUGUACAAGAUAACAAUGGAUCAUUUGAUGUGUUCAGAUGCUUUAGGGUUAUACUGUGAGCUAAAUUUUCUGGCUGUUUAAUUUUAGCACCUAUUUUUUCCAAACAAUUCAUUGUGACUGCAUUUGUGGUCGUGUAUCCAUUUUGCACAUGCAGAUUGGUCAUUUUAAUGGCCAGCUACCCCAUUUAUAGAUUGUUUAUGUACUUUAGUAUGUACAAAAGUGGGUACACCAAAUCAGAUGUCAGGGUUAAAAACCUGGCCUCUUGUGUUUUCUGGUUUAUUAUUUUGCUCAUUAUUAUUUGCAUCUUUUGCUCAUUAGGGUUCUACUUACUAUUUUUUUUGUAGUUUCUGAAAAUAAAAGAAACUAAAUCCAGACAUUUAUGUGCUGAAAAUAUUCAUGCUCUUGGAGUAAGCAACUGUUAAGAUAACUUACUCUUGGUGUAACACUCAGUAAAAAUUAUUUGGCUCAUGGAAAAUUCCUGAAAUUAGUUACAUUUUAGAACAUUUUAGUUCACUUUUUAAUAUUUUAUCAUUUUAAGGGAAACCAGUUGCAAGGUGGAAGACAUUUUCCUUAUAUGAACUCUAAACAAAAACAUUGGGAUAAGUGUGAAACUUUAAAUAAUAAGUAUCUACAGUGCAUUGUUUCACAGCUACAUCAGUUUUUUAUUGAUAAAGGGGUCUGGGAAACAUGUAAUAAUAAAGUUAAUGUUAAAAGGGAGAAUGAAUAUAUUUCCAAUAUGUAUGCAGAAUAAAAUCAAGUUCUUGUUUCAGCUGUGGUAUUACAGUUCUUCAGGGAAUGCUACAGUUAAUUGUCCAUCUAUUAUUAAUUUUUUUAUUCAAAUGUACUAUAAGAGUUCACUCUAUGCUGAAACUUGUAUCAGGCAAGAAGGAAUAUUUUUUAAUAAAUAAAU